AAAAUUUUAGGAAUAAAAAUGAGAUUGUCAAUCUUUAAUGAAAAUGACAGAGUAUUACUUUUGGGAGAAGGUAAUUUUUCAUUUUCAGUUGAGUUGUUUCAACAUAACCUAAAAGUAUCACUUACCGCAACAUGCUACGAAAGCGAGCCCAUAAGUGAAUCUGCUGAAAAAAAUAUUGAAUAUUUAAAAAACAAUGGAGUUAGUAUUUUAUUAGGAGUUGAUGCAACGAAACUUGAAGACCACCCUGGGCUUAAAAUUCAAAAAUUUACAAAAAUAAUAUUCAAUUUUCCUCACGUUCUAAGCAAGAUGCGAUUAGACUUGAAUCGGAGUUUGCUGCAGAAUUUUUUCCAGUCAGCUGGAAAUAUAUUAGAGCCAGGCGGGUUGAUUUUAGUCACCCUGUGCAAUGGCCAGGGUGGAACUUGUUACGACAAACCCCAAAGACUGUGGAGCGAUUCAUGGAAAAUCAAAGAAAUGGCAGCCCAUGGUAAUUUUAUUUUGUCAGCUGUCGAACCGUUUGUAGCGAGUCAUUUCCAGAAUUAUUCUAGUACUGGAUUUCGGGGGCAAGACAAGUGGUUUUUCAUGGAUUCGGCUCUCACCCAUGUAUUUCAACAAGCAGAUCCUUGUUUUCUCGAACAGUUCAAGCCUGAUCAGUCAAUUGAUUCAACUAGUUCAAAUUUAUACGUGCGGUGGAGUGAUCUAAAUCCUGAUCGUAAAGAAAUUUUCGGUCCUCCUGACUUUACUUUCGACUUAACAUUUAUAGUGACUGAAAAUAUUGACCAAACUCGUUUUUAUAUUGUUUUAUAUAAUAACUUUGGGCGUAUUAUUAAAAAUGUCCAAUUUAUUCGCUACUAUAAAUUUCCCGACACAGAAAAAAUAUCGUUAACUUACAGAAUAACUUAUCAGUCAGAUGAAAUACCGUUGUAUCGUAAAAGAAUGCAGUCCUUUCGUCGUAUUGGUAUUUCAACAAUAAGAAAUACGAUCCGCAAACAUCCUCUUUGCAGUACUGUUAUACCUAAACAUGAGAUUAUAAACAGAAAUAUUUUAUACCCCGGAGUUCAUUGUUCCGCGUGUUUAUUUACUAACACUGAAGAACCCGUAGCUACAGCUUUGAGGAGCAGAAAAAGAAAAUCUCAAUCGGAUAAUUAUCUAAAGUUCACUGAUAUCAAAGCACUCAAAGUCAUUGGAGGUUCCGGCGGAGAUGGACACAUAUCUUUUCUCCAACUGUUUAUGAACGAAAAUGCUGGGCCUGACGGUGGAGACGGUGGACAUGGUGGUCAUGUAAUUUUCGAAGCUACGAAGGAUGUGAAGGAUUUGACGCAUGUUCCAAGUCAAGUUCGCGCUGAGAAUGGUGAAAAAGGCUACCCAAAAAAUUGCGCGGGCAAAAAUGCUCGUCAUAAUGUAAUAAAAGUUCCUGUUGGUACUAUUGUGCGUGAUCCAGAUGGAAAUAUUUUAGCGGACUUGGAUGAAGAUGGAAUGAUGUUCAUAGCAGCCCGUGGUGGAGCUGGCGGUCAUGGUAAUGCUUUUUUCUGUUCCGACGUCCACCAAGCGCCGAAGAUUUCUGAAGUUGGUGCUACAGGAGAAGAUAAACAGUAUUUGCUUGAGCUCAGAAGCAUGGCUAAUAUUGGAUUGAUUGGUCUUCCGAACGCGGGCAAAAGCACAUUAUUGCGAGCAAUUUCAAGAGCGAGGCCCAAAGUAGCGCCUUAUCCUUUCACAACUUUACGACCUCAUCUAGGAAUGGUUCUUUAUGAUGAUUAUGAACAAAUAGCUGUUGCAGAUUUACCUGGUCUCAUUGAAGACUCUCAUAAAAACCGAGGAUUAGGUAUUAUGUUUUUAAAGCAUGCAGAACGAUGUGCCGCUUUGAUAUUUAUACUUGACUUAACUGCUGAAGAACCCUGGGAGCAGUUUAAUAUUCUUCGAAAUGAAAUAGAUCAAUUUAGCGCAACAUUGUGUGAUAGAUCUAUUUUAAUUAUUGCUAAUAAAAUAGAUGUGCCAGGAACAGAAGAAAAAUUAAAUAAGCUUAAGGAAAAAUUAAACUUACCAAUUAUUCCUAUUUCAGCAAAAGUAGGUACUAAUGUCGGGAUACUUUUAAAAGAAAUUCGCAUACUAUAUGAUAAAGAAGUUGAGGAAAAAAAUACCAAAAUGUUAAUGGAAAAAGAAGAAUGA